CCAUACUUCUAUUUUUGAACUAGCUCAGAGAACUUGUUCAAGCCUGUCUGUCCUAGGCUGCUUUUCCACAGUGGACUGCAAAUGGGAAACGCAAAUUGAGCAGGUAAGUGUGCCAGAGGAUUGCACCUCAAAUCUUGCAACUGAACCUGUUGGGGAGGACAACCUGGAUUUACCAGAAUACAAAAAAAUACUAAGACAACACAUUUAAAAAUCAGAAAUUCUAGUUCUUUAAUUGAAAACUCCUGAACUAAAGUCAAUGAUAUUAGGCCCCAAACCUGGAAAGUGCAAGUUCCAUAACAGCUAGUUGAGAGUUAAUUCCUAUACCAUGAAAUGCUCAGAUUCUAAAUCAAGCAGCGUUAUAAUUCAACUUACCUUUGAAAUGGCUCUGUAUGUUUCCUGGUAUGUGUCUGCCUCAAAAGGAGGCUUUCCUACUAGGAAUUCGUAACACAAGACACCAAGGCUCCAUAGAUCAACUUUUUCAUCAUGUGUUCUCCCUUCAAUCAUUUCAGGUGGUAAGUAGUCAAGGGUACCACACAAAGUCGACCUCCUAGAAAACAAAAAUGAUGCACAGACUAACAACUGAAGGUUGUCACACACAACUAUUAAGAUAUUUCCCCACGCACUCAUCUAGAUCUGCAUUCAUGAUUUAACACUUUGUAAAGCACUUUGUCCAUGAAUAGUAGUAUAUAGUAUACUGGAGGAAGGCAUGGCUGAUGGUCAACCUGAAGAAGAGCAUCCCUUCUAGGCAUGCUUGAUACCCUUGUAAUCUAAUCAACACUUGCUUGAUACCCUUGUAAUCUAAGUAACAUUCUCAACUAACAGUAGUUUCCCUAAACUCAAUUCUUAUAAUCAGAGACUAAUGCUAAGUUAUUUUCACAAAGCUUACUGCCUACAGAAACAAAACAAUUUCCUCUUAGCCAAGUUCUGAUUCUGUUGUCUGUCUCCAUAGUACCAAGCUUCUUCAGCUCUCAGAAACGCAGGUCAGUAAAGCAUGAGACUCAGAUUAAUCUCAGGAUUGUGGAUUUGAGCCCCACAUUGGGCGAAAGAUUCCUGCAUUGUAGUGGGUAGGUCUAGAUUAUCCUCUGGUCCCUUCCAGCUCUAUGAUUCGCUUACCUAGAGGAUGGAGCAUGCACAGACCAUCCAAAGUCAGCAAUCUUUAGCUCUCCAUUUGAUCCCAGCAGCAAGUUUUCAGGCUUUAUGUCUCUAUGAAUUACUCUUUUCGAGUGGCAAUAUGAUAACGCAUCUGCCAGUUCAGUGAUAUACUGUAGAACAAAAAUGAAGAUUACAAAUAUAAGGAGUUCAAUCUAAGCAUUGUUCAAGCUAUGCAAAUGCCUAAAAUGCAUGGGUAAAAUGGUAGAAAAUGUUUCUCAGUGUAUCAAUAACAUGCUGCAUCACUGAUGCAAACAAAUCCUUAAUAUGGGACAAAAACCUUUAGACACACCUAAUUCAAGACUCUCUUUCCCACAGCCAAGUACAAAGAACUCAAAACAUUAGACACCAAGCUGGAUUAGUAUAGCUCUCAACAUAGCUUCUUCUUCAUAAGAAGCUACUUUUAAUACCGUAUUGGCCCAAAUAUAAGUCACACCUUUAAAAUUAGAGGGAGGGGGAGAGAAAAAAAUACCCUAAUAUAAGCCGCUCUAUUCCUCACUGCUCCUGGCCUUUCCCCUUCCUUGCUCUCUCCCUUCCCCGGCCUUGGGGGAGAGGAUGGGGGACUAUGCACAGGGCGGGUUGUGAAUAUAAGCAGCACUAACUUUUCACAAUCGGAAUUUGGGGGAAAAGUGACGCUUAUAUUCAGGCCACUACAAUAAUAGACACUCCUACCCCAACCAAUCUUGCCCCAAUUCCAUAGGCUUCAUCUGCAUGCACACCAAGCACUGUCCUGUAUCAUGCAAUCCGCCAUGUAGCCUUGCCAAAGACUGACACAUAUAAAUGUCCUAUUUAUUCCAGUGAAAUCCCUCCUGUCCUAUUUUGGGAUAUUCUUUACUGGAAAAGCCAACCUAGCAGUUCGAAAACACGCCCAAAAGAUAAAUAGGUACUGCUCUGGCGGGAAGGUAAAUGGUGUUUCCGUGCUCUGCUCUAGUUUCGGUGUUCCGUUGUGCCAGAAGUGGCUUAAUCCUGCUGGCCACAUGACCCAGAAAAACUGUCUGUGGACAAACGCCGGCUCCCCCAGCCUGUAAAGCGAAUGAGCGCCGCAACCCCAGAGUCGUCUGCGACUGGACUUAACUGUCAAGGGUCCUUUACCUUUUUUACUGGAAAAGCUAUGAACUUCUCAACUCCACAAAACUGAGGAAACAUACCUUACUCUACCCAUUUAUACUGAUAUUGUUUCCCACUUUUGGACUAGCGAAACAAAGCUGUUUAGUAUAACCCUGGCUCAAGUCAGUGAAAGAAGAAUCUACCCUUUCAUGCCCUUCUCUAAGGAAGAGUUUGGUCCUAAAAUUGCAGUUUUAGCUUCAAAUGUGGUCACAUACACAGUUCUGAAAAAAAUAUCCUCACAAGGUCAACAUACAUUAGCAGUCCGUUCCUCAUCAAAUUUAGUAAGCCUUUGGAGUUCUUUGUACACUUCUCCACGUGGUGCAUGUUCCAGGAUUAGGUAGACUCUUGUUGCAUCAUGGAAGUAGCCAUAAAGUCGGAGAAUAUUUGGAUGCCUACAAGUAAGUAUAUGCAUCUUUAAUAAUGAUGGCUUCAUUUGUAAAUGAUGUGCACAUAAUUCUCCAUGCCUCCCUCAAUCUCCUACAAUUUGCUAAAUAAAUAAAAGUAUCAUUUGAGAAAUUCUGUAACCACCACCAAGUUAGUUAGAGCCACUGUGGCUAGGAGUGUUCUUUACCAGCUUUGUCUGGUUUGCCAGCUAUGGUCAUUCUUUGAUGAGGAUAGUCUGAUCAGUGUCGCCCAAGUGUUAGUAACUUUAAUGCUGGAUUACUGCAGUGUACUCUAUGUGGGGCUGCACAUAGAAUGUGACACCCAGAUUGCAAAUGGGGGCACGCUGCAAAUAAAAUGUGAUACCAUUUUAUAAAACAUCUACACUGGGCGCCUAUCUGCUGAGCUUGGCUCAAUGUCCUUUUAUUUACACAAACCUGAAGAACUUAUAUUCAGGAUACCUUAGGGGCUGCCUAAAUCAGAGUUUGAUCACUGGGAGCAAUGACAGGAGUGUCUUUGGUCAUUCCCCGAGUAGGAUAAAGUUCAUUUGACAUCAGCAUGAAAUAGACCCUUUAGUGUCAUCAGCCUAAUCCUAUGCAAAAUUCUGCCAAUAGAGAUUCAGCAGGCACCUGUUUCAAACUUUUAACACCUGCUUAAAACUUUUCUGUGCUGCCAGGCAUAUGCAUGCAAUUAAGAAAACAUCUUUUCAUAAGUUCAUAGAAUCAUAGAGUUGGAAGAGACCACAAGGGCCAUCGAGUCCAACCCCCUGCCAAGCAGGAAACACCAUCAGAGCACUCCUGACAUAUGGUUGUCAAGCCUCUGCUUAAAGACCUCCAAAGAAGGAGAUUCCACCACACUCCUUGGCAGCAAAUUCCACUGUCGAACAGCUCUUACUGUCAGGAAAUUCUUCCUAAUGUUUAGGUGGAAUCUUCUUUCUUGUAGUUUGGAUCCAUUGCUCCGUGUCCGCUUCUCUGGAGCAGCAGAAAACAACCUUUCUCCCUCCUCUAUGUGACAUCCUUUUAUAUAUUUGAACAUGGCUAUCAUAUCACCCCUUAACCUCCUCUUCUCCAGGCUAAACAUGCCCAGCUCCCUUAGCCAUUCCUCAUAAGGCAUCGUUUCCAGGCCUUUGACCAUUUUGGUUGCCCUCCUCUAGACAACUCCUCUGGAGUUGAUUGCCUCUAAAUUUCUACUUGCUUUUAUUAUAUAUUCUUGUAAGCUGGAUUGAUUUUUAUGAUAUAGCAUUGUGUGUAUGUGUGUGUAUAUAUAUGUGUGUGUGUGUACACACACAAACACAAAUGUGGAAUGCUUCUAAAAAUAAAAACCUGCUUAAGAUAGCAAACAUAGAAACCCAUUCAAAACAGCCAUUUAAAAUCAAUCUUACCGAAGAUGAGACUGUAUUUCUACUUCUCGCCGCAGUUGAUGUUCAACACCUGCUUUUUCCAGCUGUGUUUUAAAUAAGACCUUCAGCGCCAAGAUGAAUUUGCUUUCCUUUUCACGAGCCAGAUAUACAUUUCCAAAUUUUCCUUUUCCCAGAGGACGACCAAUUUCAAAGUCAUCAAGAGACCACUGUUUUCUAGAAAAUAAAGCUAUUAUUUAGGUUGUCGCAAGGUAAUACAGCUGCCUCUCUGAAGUGAGAAGUUACUUUCAUGCAUAUGGUCCUGUCCCAAAUUAGUAAACUUGCUGGCAAUUACAAGGCAUUCAGUAACAUAACAUGCAAAAGUUUGUUUUGUGACUUCCGGGUUGGCGCCUCUGGCAAUGGCGGAUUUCCUCCGAUCGGGAGGAAUCCGCUCCGUGGAAAACAGGGUCUGAACUGCCACGGCGAGGCGGAGACCCAUUAAAAACCACAGGCGGGAGAAGCCUGUGGACGUGGGAUUCGGCUGGCACCUUUGCGCCCCCCCCUACUCGCGGGGAAACCCGGUUUCGGGGAUCCAGAGCGACGUGGGGUGAGUGGCGCGGUGCUUUGAAUCGACUGCUUCUUUCACGGAGUGAAGCCGCAUUGCUGUUUGGAGAGUGCUGACUUUUUCCUGUGGACAAUUGGAUUUUAAACAACUGCCCGUGAGUCGAACGGAAAAUUGGAUUAAGAAACUUUUUUUAAUUUGGCACUGAAGCGGGAAGGUCUAAACAGGAAGUCCGCCUUCCGCUUUUGUAGAUAGAUUUAAGCAAAGACACGGCAAGCUAGAGUUUAGAAAGUCGUCUGUAAAGGAUCAAAUUUUCAUCAUUUAAAAUUACUGAACCCCCCUUGGAAGCAGGAGAAGAGGGGGAAACCUUUUUUAGACUGUUUAAACCUGCAGAAGAGUGAAGAAAAGCAAUUUUCCACCGUCUUGAACCUGGGAGCGGGGUGUCAGGACAGACGUUCUUGGGAAGUUCAUUGACUAUGGACAAACGUUUUUGACAGAUAGUUAAAAGAAGAGAAACAUUGAUUCCAUUGUUCCCCUUCGCAUUUAAAAGGAACAAAAUAUUGACAAAAUAUCCAAAAAAGGAAACUUUGUUGCUAGAUCUGCUUUAAAAAAAAAAGAAGAGAUGGAUAAAAAUAGAAAUUGUUUCCCCUAGAGGGAGCUUGUGAAACUGUUAUUAAAACCGAACUGGGGAGCUUUGCAGCUGCAAUAGAUUAAGAUCGUGGGACCAGACUUUGACCUUGAACAAGAAUGUACUCGGAGGCUCUGGUGCUUGCCUUUUGCAAGACAAGUGCUUUAUUGGAACAGUUACAUGAAAAGAUGGAUUUGAUGACUGUUGCGAUCGGAAAUUUUGGACAGGCAGUGGGUACCUAUAUAGAACCCACUCAGGAAUUAAUCCAGGAAUGUGCUUUGACAGAUCAGAUGAGGGAGGAGGUUGUUGCUGGACCUCGGGAGGCAGAGAUGGAGGGAACUGUGGCCCAGCAGGAAUAUGAGUUGUUGGAUUCGACGAACGAACCUGGAAAAAGUCAGAUUUGGAGAGAUGGAGUCCAGUUUGGUUUGGAGAUGGGGGGCUGGAUUUUACGUGAUAAGAGAUUUGCCAAAAGCUGCAAAAAGAAGUAAUCAUGAAUAACAACAACAGAUUUGUUUUUCAUCUUCCUACAAAAAAAUAAUGUAUGGAAGUAAAUUAAGUAUACAACUUACUUUUUGGUCUCACUGUUUGAAUUUGACACCCCUUUUGCCUCUUUCUUCUGAUUUGAUACACCUGGUUCAGCUUUUUUUCCUGCAUGUAGAAAAGUUCAAUACACUCAGACUUUAUGAAGUGACACUACUCUCUAGCAAUUUGUGUUUUAAAAUGUCCUCCUCAGAAGGUAAACUUCGUGCUUUAUAUCCAGCACACAAAAUAAACUAUCUUCACCUGAAAACCAUGCAGACCAAUCAAUAUUCUGAAUAUAAGCAGCUUGGGUAGCAAUCUUACUUACUUGCCACAUAUGUACCCCCCCCCCCCGGAAGCUAGUGAAGCUCACACAAAAGCUCCUAGCUCAAGACCAGUAAGUGGCUUUUGGACUGUUUCCAAGUCCUCCCACCUGCAAUACAAAUGACUGCAGAUGCUUUCUGUAGAGUGUAUCUAGGUCAUUUACACCACUAAGUAACACUCCAUGCCACCAUCUCAAUGAAUUGGAGCCUAAGCUUCUACUGGGAAUUACCCCAAGGCAGGGCCGUCUUUACCUAGGGGUGCAAGGGGUGCUGCUAUGCAGCAGCAAAGUCAGUGGCACCUUUGACAUGACUGAUCUUGCGCCAGCAGGCAGGCGGCGUGAGAUUAGUCGUGUCAAAGGUGCCACUGACCACGAGGAAUCUCAACUCAAGCCAUCCAAGCUUGCUCUGCUUAAAACCUUCCAAGGGAAAGAGUCAGGAGUGCCCACCACCUCCCGUUUCCUGCGGGAAACUCUGCUUGCUUGAUCUGUGUCUCCCUCCCAAGCCAUGAUCAGCCUGGACAAGGAAGAGCCCAAGUUCGAUUUCAAUUUCCUCUUCAAGUUUAACCAGAGCGAUGAGGGUGCCAGCAGCAAAGGUGGGUGGUGAGUCAACGCUGUCUGGCUUCCCGGGAUUUAAGGUGCGGUGUGUGAGAGAGAAGAGGUUAGUUUAUUUCCAGCACGUUAAAUAUAGUGAUUCUUCUGGGACGGAGGAAGAAGGGUCUUCACCAGAGGCAGAGCCGAGGUAUGGAAGAAAGGAGCCAUCCGGAGGCACCUCCUGUGGCUGCAAUGCAAGCAUCUGUCUCCCUUCUUUCGCCUAAGGGACGGGUCAGUUUGGGGGCUAAACUAAAUUUGGGGGCUCUGGGCAGAUCUUUGCACCCCAGCAGCGCAUAUGCUAAAGACAGCCCUGCCCCAAGAGCAGGUUCCUAUUUGCAUUACACUCCAGCUAUUGAACACCAGGAGACAUUCAAAAAUGUCUUGCUUCUCUCUGGAGCCAUUUGGGUCCCUUGAAAACCUGCUCUGGAAUGUUAAGGAUCAUGCUAUGAAUUGGCCUUCCCUGGAUUAAUUAUACAAGUGAAAGGGUUGUUUUGCAUGAGACAUCCACAUAUUAGCUGCCAGCUGGGCAUUCUAGGAACUGAGAAGAGGGCCCCAGUGCAAAAUGUAAUACAGGCAACCCUCGUUUUGGACAACUGUUCUGUUCUGGGUCAUAGUGCAUGCCGGCAGAGGGCACAUAAGCCUACCCCACCCCCAUCACCCCCUCUUCCAGAUUUGAAAACGGCCUGCAUGUACACAAAACAGGAGUUGCCUGUACAUAUUACAACUGAAUUCUUGUUUCCUAUCAGAGACCUAAUUUUCUGAGCCUAAUUCAAGGUACUUGCCUUGAUAUUAAUGCUAUACAUGAUUUGGGUCCCAAUAACUUCAAGAGCAUCUAUGUGCCAAUUAGGACAUGACAAUUUGCAAAAGAAGCUCAUCUUAUAUGGUGCCAUUGCCUUUGGAAAUGCGGGGAGCUGAUGGUCUAUAGAGGUGCAUCAAGCAAUAUCUCUUUACAGAUUUAUGUGCACACUGAAGGCUUACCCCUUUUUGACCUUUGACAGUUGAAGUACCAUCUGGUUUGUUAUGUAUAUAUGGCAUAUCAUUUUGGGGUGGGACUGUUUUAUUGCAUUAUAUUAUCUUUAAAUGUAACCCACCUUGGGACCUUAAGGUGAAAGGCAGGUAACAAAUAUUAAUCAGCAUCUCAGUAUCAUCCAUGAACAAAAGGAACCCUUCUGUUCAGAUACCUUGUUAGCAUCCAAGCCCAAGUUGCUACUCAGGUCAUUAUGCAAAGUUUUUUUUCCUGCAGUAAUUUGGUUUCUCUUAUGAAUUUCUAAGGCCCUAAGCCACCAAGCAACUUCUUGACUUUGUAACCAUUUUAGUAUGAAGUUUAUACAGAAUAGCAACCAACACAUUUGUUACAGAGGUGGACACAUUUGAACAGCACUAUUUACCAGAAACAGAGGGCUGCCGAGACGUUUCAGUGGCUUUACUUGGACCUAGACUCCUAGAUGUUGGUUGAACAAGAAGUGUUGGUUGAUGCUGAGUUAACUGUUUGGGACGUUUUGCACUGGCAACAGUAGGUUUCUGUGCCUGAGGCUGAAUAGGCACCCGCUGAGCAACAUUUAAAGGAGUCAGAACACGCUGCUGUUGGACUUCAAUUCCAGGUGUCUGGUUCUGGGUCACAGGAACCCGUCUUGCACCAUCCACAAUAGCUGCCUGAUUUUUAAAAAACAACAACAGUAAAUAUCACGCAUAGCAAGCUAAGAGAUAUUGCAUCCUAGUUUGUCUGAACUGACCAAUGAGAAAAAACCAUAGCUUCCCAAGGUGGAAUCUAAACACAUAAAAACGCUGUGAAAAUGCUUUUUUUUUUAAGUUUUGAAAAAUACAUUGAAUUUGGCAUAGCUCACUCUCAUCAUCUAGUGUCACAUUUGUAUACUGCACUUUACAACACAUUUAAAACAUUUCAUUUGCAGCUACAGAGUCCCAAGUUUGGACAUAACAGAAAACCGCAUUUAUGCAAGCAUUCAUCUAGACUUGCCCUUUAAUAGAUGGGGAACAUUACUCCACAUGUUAAUUAUUCACUCCAGCACUAUCAAAUAUCAGUUUUGGUCACAUACAGAAAUAAUCCAGUAAGAACUGUAGCUCUGAUUAACAUAGCCAAGAUUUACCGUAUUUUUCGCCCCAUAGGACGCACCUAGGUUUUUUUUUGGGGGGGGGGGAAUAAAGAAAAAAAAAUAUUUCCCCCCCAGGCACGGGGCUGGCAUGGGGGAAGCCCGAGCUUCCCCCGACCCCAGAACAGCCUGCUAUCCGCAAGCCUAGGGAGCCGCGCCGGUCUCCCCAGGCUUGCGGACAGCUGGGCGAAGCCCGGGCACGCUGAAGAGGCUUCGAAAUGCAGGCAGCUCUGCGCAACCCUCCGGAGGGUCGCGCAGAGCUGUGCCGAGCCCGGGAGCGCAGGCAGCUCUGCGCAACCUUCUGGAGGCCAGCACGGCUUGGCGCCGGGCUCCGGAGUGUCGCGCAGAGCUGUGCGGAGCCCGGGAGAGCAGGCAGCUCUGCGCAACCUUCUGGAGGCCAGCACGGCUUGGCGCCAGGCUCCGGAGGGUUGUGCACAGCUUCCUGAAGCCUGGAUAGCGAGAGCCUCUCACUCUCCAGGCUUCAGUGAAAGCCUGUAUUCGCCCCAUAGGACGCACCCACAUUUCCCCUUCAUUUUUGGAGGGGGAAAAGUGCGUCCUAUAGGGCGAAAAAUACGGUACUAUGCUCAGUAUCUGAAGAUCACUUUACCUUGCCAUUAUGAGCUGAAUUAGAAUUCAGAUUCUCUUUACAAGCUUUGUCCAUUAUUGCCUGGAGAAAAUGAAAUUCAGUUAUUCAACUUGUGUAAAACAGGAAAUUCAAGUUAUUUAAAGCUCUCACUUCUAUAAUCUAUAAUCCAAUGAUUCUAAAACCAGUGAGCUUGACAUAUUUGAUAAAAUAUACAAUUCUAUGCCUGUCAAAGCAGUGAGGCCCCCAAAACAUUAAUCCCACUUCUUGAUAAUAUUUAGGCAGCUUAAUAGAAGCAAAUAAGGACACACUAGAAUUCCCUGAUGCAGCUCAUACUACCCGAUAUUUGGAAAUGCCUGAAGAUUUUAUCACUGCCCAGAAGGCUUUUCGGUUUUAAGAUCUGAAGGAGUAAACAAGCUAUGGUAUACUGAUAAACUUGAUUUGGAAGAAGUUCUCAAUGCUUUCCACAGAGGUGAAUUAUUGGCUAUUACAAUAUGCAGGUUGUCCCAGAGGGUGAAGCCCAAGUAGGUAAAUGAGUCAAAGUGUAGCUGUUUUGUUUCUGCUUAUCCAGCAGAAAUGAUGGGGUUGUGUUUUAUGGAUGUGAGAAAGGAAGAAAAUAACUUUAUUGAAAUACAGCGGUACCUCUGGUUGCGAACGGGAUCCGUUCCGGAGGCCCGUUUGCAACAUGAAAAGAACACAACCCGCCGUGGUGCGUCUGUGCAUGCACGGGUUCUGAUUCGCCGCUUCUGCGCAUGUCAUUUUGCGUAUCUGCGCAUGCGGCAAAACCCGGAAGUAACCCUUUCUGGUACUUCCAGGUCACCGCGGGACACAACCUGAAGAAAUGUAACAUGAGGUAUGACUGUAAUGCAAACACUAAUAAACUAUAAAUAGUAAAUAAAACUGGGUUAUCCCCACAACUGGAAGGAUCUCUGCCUACUAGGACUAUAUAUGCAUGUAUCUUGAGAGUGAAGUGCAGCUUUGCUUUUUCCUAGGAGUAGGGCAAGUUGAAAAAUGUGCUCAAACAUUUGGAAAACCUACAGCUUUAUGGCAGUCCUUGGGCCUCUUUACAUAGUGUUACCCCCAUACAUUUUAUAAGCCCCUUUAUUCUUUAACUCUUCAAAACUACCUCACAACCCAUGCCACACAACCUUGUUUCUUUGUUCUGAUGAAACUCAACCUUGUAACAUGUAACAAAUAAAAUUUGAAGAUUACAGUUGAUCCUUGGGGUACCUCCAAACCAGUGCUUUUUUUUUCAGGGGGUACUUGUGGGUAUGCAAUACCAGCACCUCUUUUUCUAGGGAAAAAAGCACUGCUUCAAACUAUGGUUUUUUAAGUACAUUGCACCCCACCCCCAAAAAAACCUGGGAGCUGCAGUUUACAUCUCCCAGAGCUACAAUUCCCAGCACCCUUAACAAACCAGUUCCCAGGAAACUUGGGGAAGGGAAAAAGAUGUGCUUUCAGUGUUUUUACGGUGCAUGCAACCAAGCACUGAGGCCUCCUCAAUUGGGAUCAGACAGCCUAACUACUAUGCGACACUCCCUCUCAUUCUACGCAGAGAAAACGGGGCUUUCUAGACGUUUCCUUCAUGCUGGGCACCUAUCCCACCCCAGAGCCAUUUAUGAGCUCACAAUUUUUACCAGAAGCGCUACGGCUCCCUGGGAUGCGCCUUCCGCCUUUACUCACGAGUGCCACAGCUCAAGGUCGUAACCACUUUCCUUAACGACACCCCGAAACCAGACGCAGGCAGGCCGAAUACCUCACGAUUCCUGCGCACUCCAGAGGCCUCGGCCGCCUACCCUCCGCGUUCCUCCAACAGUCUCCGAAGCUAUUUGAAUUCAAACCUUCGCCCGCCCACUCAGCAACGCUCUUUAAACCGCCGCCGCGCUCCUAUUGGCGGAGCUCCCCCUGUUGUCGACGAGGCUACCGCUCGCUGAUUCGUUGGUCUCCGCAACCACCGCUCUGCCCAUUCGCGGGCUUCUAACUGUCGCCUUUGAGGGAGAGCCGCUGUCCUCGCGGCUUGCGAUCAUUUGCCCAUGUGCAGAGGAAGGGACACUGAGCGGGGCGGGGUUUCGCAAGGCUGCUCUUCUCCUGUCGGUGUCUGUUGUUGUGAUCCGUGAACAAGAGAGAGAGAGAGCGCUUGGCUAAGCAGGAUACGCUCUCAGCGUAGUGCGCGAUACGCUGGUUGCGUAAACCCGUAGCACAGGGCCCAUUGCUCUUUUCCCUUUCGCAAGUGGCGCAUCGCCUCACGGCGCAGCCCUUACGAUGGCGACGGCAAAAAUCUCGUAUCCGCUGCCUCAUUAUAGUGUGACGGACUCAGACUAAGACUGAGAGUUGGGUCUAUUCCUGCCCCCAGUCUCUACACUUUGGGGCCGAAGCCCCCACUUUGAAAGACUUGAGUGAGGCGGCUCCUGUGAGGGCAGCUGCCAACACUGCAGGGCUGGUUUUUUGUGUGACAAUGAAACUGGCUUGAAUGUCAAGAGGGAAACUGAUCGUGGUCAGAUGCCACGACAUAUUUUCAGGGGGAAACGUGACAGGCCAGCAGAAGCGUGGCUCUGCACCUUGGCUGCGAAGGGGGAAAAACAGACAGUGCCAUUUUGCAUGAGGGGUGACUCUCCCUAAAACCAAGAGUUCCCCACGCCAAAUUUGAAAGCGUGUGAAUGGCCAUUCUGAAAUGAGCUAGCUUGCUGCAAACUGUCAGGAGCAGCGGGACUGCCCAGCCAAAGAGGGCCAACAGCCCUCUGGUCCACUGGGGACGUCCAGUAAGUGGUAGCAUUUGCCCACAAAGAAUGCACAGGUCAGAUUCACAGCAAUAGAUGCUGAACGGUUGUUUUCUUCUAGGUGGAGGCCAUCAGAUUGUUUUUAAAACUUAUGAGCGCAACAGGAAUAGGCGGCACUGGGUGGGUAAAGACCAAUGAUUUUGGUAUUCUUAGUUUUUCAGUCUGUGACAUCAAAAAAGCGUUUGUCUGAAGACAACUUUGACCACAUUUUAUCAGAGCCGUGGUGGUCUGUCAGUUCAGAUAUCAGGCUACUAAGUCAAAAUAGAGCAACUUUCCAUGGGAUGGACUUUCUGUUGACAAAUGUGAAACAGCAUUGCACCAGACUAGAUUCCCCAUAAUGCUCAGUUCUGUAUGAUGGACAUUGUGCCUCUCAAGCAGUCAGCCGUUGACAGAUGUGAGUGUGGAUUUGAGGAGAAGCCCACUCCUCUGUCCAUCUCUUUUGAAAAGCUACCAUGACAGGAUUCGAGACUGACCUUUGGGAACCAGGGCAGACAUCAGAUUAAUGUGUGCUUCUCAGGUUGAAGGUCAUCUGCAUAUAACUUAAUUCUUGAGGACGAGUGAGAGGAUUGAAGAGGUAGUGUGAAGGAUAUACAGUUGUAAGAAAAAAUGACAAGUCGUCGUAUCACGCCACCAUGUGAUAGGCGGCAGUUUCCAUGGGGCAUGAGUAACAUGGGCUUGCCUACCAAUGAACCACGACCAAUGCGACUGUCAUUUCUUGAAGCUGAUGUGAGUAGAAUUGUUCAAUAAGAUUGGGGGCAUGAGGUAUUUGGGCCUGUUGCAAUGUAGACUGUCAAAGCAAACAUGCCCAAGGUCAUUCUUCCUAUCUUUUGUCACUGAACAGUGCCCAUUUACUUAUGCACCACUUGUCUAAGGUUGCAAUCCACUGUACACUUAUUUGGGAAUAAACUCCCUUGAACUCAGUGGGACACCCUGAGUAAACAUGCAACGGAUCAGGCUGCACCAUUGCAACUCUACUCAUUUUUAAAAUAAGUCCUAUUAAACUCAAGUGGGGUUUACCUCUGGGUUUGAUGUGCUUUCAAACUGCUAGGUUGGCAGGAGCAGGGACCGAGCAACGGGACCUCACCCCAUCGUGGGGAUUCGAACUGCCAACGUUCUGAUUGGCAAGUCCUAGGCUCUCUGGUUUAACCCACAGCACCACCCGUGGAGCUUAGAUCUGAGUAAAUGCACAGCAGUGUACUGGAAGUGACAACAGAAUUAUGAAUCAGGCUUAGCAGAAUAUACUGUCCCUAGAAUUAAAUCCUAGCUCGUUUGUGAAUGAAAUAUCUACCACACUGCUCAUUUUAAAAUAUAGUGAUUAUGGGCAUAGCCAGGAAUUUUGUUAGGGGGGCAGGCUUUUGUUAGGAGGGGCAGAACCUCAGGUUUGUAUUGAUGUUUAUUGAUGGGGGGGCACCUGCCCCUCUCUAGGCUACACCCAUGAUACUGAUCCAUGUAAAUUGGAUUUUCAGCUAAGUAUCCUUUUUUGUGUGUGGCAAGGCUCCUGUGCCUCGACCGUUUUAUAGUAGCCAAAAAUUUAAGAACACUGUACUGUAAAACAUUUGCCCCCAAGAGGGAACUACAGUGAUAGAGAAAACUUGGCAUGCCAAAUUCCUUCCCGCUAUCCAUCUUCACGUCGCAUUUCGAAAAGACGUAGCUUUACUGGUGGCGCAUGCGCACACGUGACCCUUGCUUGCGCUCCUUUUCUCCUCCCAGCUGCGGCUUCAAUCGAUGUGCGGAGGUUCGAUGCAGCAGCCUGUUCGACGCAGCGGCCCUCGGUCCAGGUUGCUGCCGGCCCCUCCGCAGGCUCCGCUCCCGCUGCCUUUGCCGCCGCAGUCGCCCGCCGACGUCGUCGGGCCCCCGGCAGCCAUUUUGAGCGCAGAUCGACCCAGGCCGAAAGACGGGCUGGUAAGAAUCAAGUCUCGCUUUCCGGGCCCGGAGGUUUCGCCAGCUCUUCGCCUUGGCCGUUUCUUGCACGUGGAGAACGCCAGGUUACCCGCCGCUUUCCCUUUAAUGGAAGAGCCGCCCAGCCCCGCAGCCUUUGUCACGAUAGGCUCGGUGUUGUGGGAGGUGGGAAAUACGGAUUUCGGCGCGGGCGAAAGAGCGGCCGGGGAAAAGGCUGCAGGAGGGAUCUACCAAAACCCUCGGCAAUUUUCAGGUGGCCCGUGGGAGAAAAAUUGUGGGAACUAUUAGGUUAUAUUACUUAAUAUAAUUUUGUCCUUGGUUGCUUUAUUUAUUUCUGCUGUGAAAGCAACCUUAGGCAUUUUACUAAAAAAAGAAGUAGGUUACAAAUGCUUUCAAAAAUAGAAUUAAACAUAAAUGCCUUAUUCCUGUACAUGUAUGUAGUUAUUUUUUCCUUCGUUUCAGACUUCUGCAAGACAGCCCUUACUCACAAUGUAUAGACCAAAAGUAAGCCUGAAAGACAGGCAACAACUUUACAGACUCAUUAUUAGUCAGUUGCUUUAUGAUGGAUAUAUCAACAUUGCUAACGGUCUGAUAAAUGAGGUAAAACCACAGUCUGUAUGUGCACCCUCUGAACAACUAUUGCAUCUUAUUAAAGUGGGUAAGUUGUGAUGAGAAACAAAUUUAAUAUGCUGUGUUUAAGGUCAGGUGUGCACUAUGAGUUCUGUUAAGACUUGUUUUAGAUGGCAUGUCAAAACAUCAGUAAUCAAAAUACUUCUUUUGUCUCUGUAUAUUUAAGCCAUUAAUGUUAUCUGCAGUCACUUAAGUCUUCUAAAACGAUAGUUAGCAAAUAGCACUGAUAGUUGUCCAAGAUCAGUACUUACUAGAGAAAUAUGUAAAAUGAGCCAUUAUAUUCUGUGAUCCUGCUUGGAAUAGGAUGUAAAGCAGCAAAGACAUGUACAUGAUGGCUCUGUUGCAGCUAUUUGUGUAUAAACAAGGUCAGCUUCCCUAUCUUUCCAGUGAAUUUGCAACCAAGCUACACCUUAGCUUCCCACCAAUCUGCUAUCUUUUCAUUUUACGCUUCGGAGUGAAGAUCAGUUGCUGCUCACCUACUUAUGUGGGUGCCAGGUACACUAAACUAGAGAGGCACAGUUGUGAAUAAUUGCAUUUCACCUUGUGGGUUUUUUAGGAAGACUUUUUUUUGCGCAUGUGAGCAUUUCAUAUAGAGUAAAAAUGGUUGUUAGCAGUAUGAAUUAUUGUGACAGUUUACUUUCCACAAAUUUUCUGAUGCUUUCUUAUGCUUCCUGUUAAGCUAUAAAAACCUUAAACAACACCCCAGUCCAAGAGUCUAUUCAGAAGCGUCAGCUUUUGUAGCUGGGGUCAGACAGGUCCCCACCCUUCUAGACCAGGUGGGAAAGGCCUAUAAGGCAGGGAACAGGUCUUAUAGGACUCACAUUCAAAAUACCAACGGAUUAGGUUUGAGAACUAUUGUAACAGGGUUUUUCCUGUUUAUAAAGUUUGGGGCUUCUUACUUUUGGAAAAUGAGCUUUUGUAAUUUCUUUUCUUCCAGGAAUGGAAAAUGAUGAUAGUGCAGUUCAGUAUGCAAUUGGGCGCUCUGAUACAGUAGCUCCUGGCACAGGGAUUGACUUGGAAUUUGAUGCAGAUGUGCAGACCAUGUCCCCAGAAGCUUCUGAAUAUGAGACCUGUUAUGUCACAUCGCACAAAGGACCAUGUCGUGUAGCUACAUACAGCAGAGAUGGACAGUUAAUAGCUACAGGAUCAGCUGAUGCUUCAAUCAAAAUACUUGAUACAGAGAGAAUGUUAGCAAAGAGUGCUAUGCCAAUUGAGGUAAAUGCUCAAAUAGUAAUGAAUCAAUAAAUGUUUGCAUUUUCCUUUUUCAGCUUUAGGGUCCUCUGGGAAUUAUCUGCCAAAAGAAACUGGUCAUGCUUCUAUUUGUGGGGCUGUUUUCAGAGAGUAGCUUUGAAUGACAGCAUCUCAUCACUCUGCCAGUUAAGCUGUGGGGUGCCAGUGCUAUUUACUAGUCAUAUGAAGCUAUCUCCAAUGCUAUUUACUAGUCAUAUGAAGCUGUUGGGAGCAGUCUCAGUUGGGAGAAGCCUGGAUGCAGUCAUGGGCUGGAUGAGGAUCAAUAAACUGAGCCUCAUCUGAUAACACAAAAAGCCUGUGGGUGGAUGGUUCCUGAGUCCAGGAACUGGGUUGCUUGAAUUCGCUUUAAGGCACAGGUAUACAGAUACAGUGGUACCUCAGGUUAAGUACUUAAUUCGUUCCAGAGGUCCGUUUUUAACCUGAAACUGUACAGUGGUACCUCGGGUUACAUAUGCUGCAGGUUACAUACGCUGCAGGUUAUAGACUCCACUAAUCCAGAAAUAGUACCUCGGGUUAAGAACUUUGCUUCAGGAUGAGAACAGAAAUCAUGCUCCAGCGGCAGCAGGAGGCCCCAUUAGCUAAAGUGGUGCUUCAGGUUAAGAACGGACCUCCAGAACGAAUUAAGUACUUAACCCGAGGUACCACUGUACUGGAAUUAGAGGCCUAGGUAGGCAUAGAAAGCCUACUACCAACUUCAGUUGGUAUGUCAACUGCACCUUUUCCUAGACAAUGAUAGCCUGGCCACCAUGAUCCACACAUUGAUAACCUCAUAAUUAGAUUACUGUAAUGUGGUUUAUAUGGGUCUGCCUUUCAACUUUGUUCAGACGCUUCAGCUAGUGCAGAAUGCAGCAGCUAGGGUUCUGAGCGGGGUACCUAGCUUUGCACGUAUUAUACCUGUGUUUAAAGAACAGCAUCAGAAGAAAAUGAGGCAAUUUUUAUUAUUUCCCCCCUCUCCCUAUGGCCACCCACACCUCUCUCUCUCUCUCUCUCUCUCUCUCUCACACACACACACACACACACACACACACUUUGUAGGGUUUUGUGGAGUACAGGAAGCUGCAAGGGAAAGGGAAUUGGUGACUGAAUUUAGUGCUAGCAUAGCCAUGGACUUGCAAAGUUUGGACCAGUCCUGAUCUCUCAAGAGUUCCUUUUUUCAUUUGUAAGAUGGGCUGUUAAUGACCCACUAAAGAGAGUUAUUUGGACGUAUAAAAGAGAUUGUUUCACACUUUAAACAUCCUGCAUAACAGUUGUGAGAAGAUGCAGAUCCACUAUGUCCACUAUGAAGGGAACAGCAUCAGAUGUGCAAUAGACAGCAUUUGUGUCUUGAUGCCUGCAGCGAAAAUUCUAUGCUUACUGUGCUGUGUUUUGAAAUGUAUUCUUCAGGUCAUGAUGAAUGAAACAGCUCAGCAGAACAUGGAGAACCACCCUGUUAUUAGAACUCUCUAUGAUCACGUGGAUGAGGUGACAUGUUUAGCUUUCCAUCCAACAGAACAAAUCCUUGCCUCUGGUUCAAGGGAUUACACACUUAAAUUGUUUGACUACUCAAAGCCAUCUGCCAAAAGAGCCUUCAAAUAUAUCCAGGUUAGACACUUAAAUCAAAACUUUAUAAGGAAUAACAAAAAUAACCAGAAAAGCAUGACUUUUGAAGCCUUGUUGAUGUUAUUAAAUGGUGUGUACAAGUGUUCUUGGGAUUAAGACCAUCCUGGUAAAACAUACUUUGGAAAUUGCCAUUCAGACUCCUCCUAACUUUAAUUAAGGGGCCAAACUAGCUAUGAAAUGGUUUUCAUUCUUUCUUCCCCUGGCUUUUUAAAAACUGAAAAUCAGUAUCAGCUGUUGCAGUUGAGUGGCAGAACAGAGAAGUAGAAGACAGGACUGCUUAAUUCCCCCCUCCCCCCUUUCAAAUAACAUUUUAUAUGGGGAUAAUGUGUGUGAUUUUAAAUGUCGAAUGCCUGGGAAGGAUUUGUAUUCUGAAAGAUAGGAUGUAAAUAAUUGUAGCAAAUAAAUAAAAUUACCACCAACACCCAAAGUUGUUUUUAGGGGAGGGGGAAAUCCCCCUUGGGAAGGGCGAUAUAGCUAGAAAAUUCCCAGGGGAAUGUUUGACACCUCUGUCCACAUACUGACAAUCUCUCAAGAAGAAAUUAACAUGGAACACCAUGAUCAUCCAAUCUGCUAGAAUAGCGGGGAAAUGCAUGGGGUAGAUUACAAUAGAUCUGAAGUAGUUUGUGACUUCUUUAAGCAUAACUAAAUACUUCUCUUCCCUAACAGUAGCUUAGUUUUAGAGUAUGAUUCAGAGCAUGAAUCCAACUUACAGGAAAAUGAGAGUGGUCUCUGGGGAUCUACAAAGUAGGUGAUACUGAUCUUGAAAAGGUGUGACUCGGACACAACUCCCUUCAGAACCUUUUUCCUGUUAAUUAAUAAUCUCACCUCUUUUAUGAGGACCUGCUUUCUCAAACUUUGUUUAGAAAAAUCUGUUCUGCUGUGCCAUGAGUCCUGCCUGGCUUCUUUAAAUAGCAAUGUUGUUGUAUGCUUUAUACAGUAGCCAACACAAGUUUGGUGUUUAGGUGGAUCAGUGUACUGGGAAGAUGCCUUUUAAUGUUAACUGCCUAUUUUCCAACUAAACAGGAAGCAGAAAUGCUGCGUUCUAUCUCUUUCCAUCCUUCUGGAGACUUCAUUCUUGUCGGUACCCAGCAUCCUACCCUGCGACUGUAUGAUGUCAAUACUUUCCAGUGCUUUGUAUCUUGCAAUCCUCAAGAUCAGCACACUGAUGCCAUAUGCUCAGUUAAUUACAAUGCAAGUGCUAACAUGUAUGUAACGGGCAGCAAAGACGGAUGCAUCAAAUUGUGGGAUGGCGUUUCAAAUCGUUGUAUCACUACUUUUGAAAAAGCGCACGAUGGGGCUGAAGUCUGUUCUGCCAUUUUCUCCAAGAAUUCAAAGUAUAUUCUGUCUAGUGGAAAAGACUCUGUAGCUAAACUGUGGGAGAUCUCUACAGGGAGAACACUAGUAAAAUAUACAGGUGAGUAGAUGUUGACCAAUAUAAUAGAUAUGUAUAUAUUUCUCUCACGUACUCUUAGCCAUGAUCCCAUCCUCCAUUACAUCUAGUUAAAUGUAAUGGCCUUCCUGGGUGUAUCAUGAGGAAAAAUGUAAAUUGAAAGUUCUGUACAAAGUCUGCAAAGUGGCAUAUAAACCAGACAUUUUCCCUUGAAAUUUUAAACAAAUAUUCGUCAUAAGGAAAUAACCUCAUGAUCUCAUGACCUAGGAGAAAAUCAGGUUAACUCUGCAGUCAUGUCCAAAAUCAUACUUGUGUGUUUGCACAACUCUUACUUUAAAUCACUUGGGGUUUAUUUAAGAGAAAUCCUUGGGGUUCACACAUUGAUUCGUUUCCUACUAAUACUGCUUGAUAUACAAAUGAUGUUACUUCUUUUUUCUAUCUUGCUGAGCUGGAAACAAACUACAUCAACAUGUAAGCUUGCAAUUUUCUGCUCAAUGCUUUCUCUAAUACUUCCAGUGUGAGAUGCUACUGCAGUAACAGCUCCCUCAGAAAUCAGGAAAUUGUAUGAAUUAACUUCUCUGGAAGAACUCCUUUUCUGUAGAGGCAUAUUUUGUUAUACAAAUUUCCAAGUUUCUAACAUGCUAAACCAGCAGGGUGCAGUCAAGUCUUGGCAUACCUCCACUGUCAGAGACACUCUGCCUCUAAAUGUCAAUUGCUGGAAUCACAAGUGAGGAGAGAGCUGUUGCACUAGGGUCUUGCUUGCAGGCUUCCCAUGGGCAUCUGGUUGGCCACAGUGAGAACAGAAUACUGUACUAGAUGGUCUGAUCUAGCAGGGCUCUUUCUCCAGUCUUAAAUAAUGUAUGUUAUGUUCUUCCUUUACAAAGAAAUAAGGGCACUAUGGGGGGGCCCAUAGUAUGCAUCCUCAGCUGUAGUUGGAAAGCAGUACAUUACCUUGAUUUAACAUUUGUGGUUGGUUAUUUUCUCACUAGAUGGACUCUACCAAUCCAACUAGUGCACUACUGGGGUUUUUUCUGAGAGAUGAUUUUCUGUUGCUCUUGUAUGCUUGUGAGCAGCAGCUGUUUUGGUUCAUGUGAAUGGCACAUGUUUUAAUAAUGCUUUCAGUCAUUUUAUGUUAUUAGUGUCUUUGAGAUUUUUGGAAUAAAUAUUUUUUCUACAUAGGCAUCAUUUAUUAGAAUCUAAUGCAUGGGACUUUAAAUAUGUCUCUAUAUAUCAAAACGUCAGGCUUUGCAAUAAUUUCUACCAUGGAUAAUUUCACAUUGAAUUCUGGGUAGUAUAUUUUCACAUGUCUAUCCCUAUUAGAAGCAUUGAAAUUAAUUUGCUUAUAGGCAAUCCAGGAAGUAGAUAAGUGUCAGUAAGUUUAAAGGCUCUUGAGAAUACUUGUCUCAAAACUGGUGUACCAGCUAAUGAACAUAAAUAGUUCGUAUAGAUACUGAGAACUAAAGACUUGCUACAUUACACUGGAGUAAGAGUUUGGCAUUUAAGACAAGGGUACUAACCUGUGGCUUCCCAAUGUUGGACUCCAACUCCCAUCAGCCUGAGGCAGCAUGACCUAGAGUUGCAGUACAGCACCAUCUGGAAGGCCAUACAUUAGCCACCCCUUCUUUAAGAUUGCAUCAAGUGUGUUGUGUGUCAGUGUAGUUUUUGUGAGAGAGAGAGAAAGAAAAAGAAGGAUGUACAUAAGCCUUGUAAUACUAAUACUCUGUUUUCUGUUGUGGAGAUUGCAACCAAUUUAGUUGACUGUUUCACUGCUAUGUUAAAGUUUAAGUCAUUGUCUAGAGCUGGGUUGCUGGUCUGUUACUCUCUCAGUUCUGCCAUUAAGUUCAGGCAUGAAAUCUCUUCUCCUACCCCACAUGUUUUAUGAUGAAUAUUCAUACACUUCAUGGUCUCCUAUACUUCUAGGAGAAAAUGGUUUUUCUUCAGUAUUUUUCUUUCUUAAUAACAGUGACUCAUGUCCAGUUUCCAACCUUUUAAACUACCCAAUUAUUUUUUUUUUGCCCUGCCCAGUAGUAGGUGAUAACCAUUUUUGGUGGGGGGUUUUUUAAACUAUAUGUUAGCAAUAGCCCAUAUACUACAGCAGACGUAGUUUAAUUCUGCUCCCAAUUAUAUUAUAUUUUAAAGAGUACUCCACAAAAAGGAAGACUGUCAACUUAAAAGGAAACUUGUAAAUUGUAUCUCUGAUGUUUAUUUUAUUAUAUUCUUCUCGUUGCUUGUGAUAAUUAUUUUAAAGGGAUAUCACUUCCUCCUUUCAUGAGCAGCACCAGCAACAAAAGUGUGGAUUACCACACCUAAUUCAUGCUGGCAGUAUCACCAAAGUGGUAUUAGCUUCAGGAAUUGGCUACCACAAGACAUGGUGGUACUAAGAUAGUUUCAAAAGGACAAAUACAUGGAGCUUAGGUUUAUCAAUUAUUAUUUGCUGCAAUAGCUAAAUAGAAACUUGGAAGUCCAGAAUAGUAAAUAUUAGAAUACCAGUCAUGGAAAAGAGAUGGGGAAAUGCUUCUGCGCCAUGUUGAAAAGCUUCUUGGAGGCCUCUGACCAUUUUUGGUAAUGGGUACUAUGUGGAUAAUGGUAUGAUCAUGAAGGACUCGAUAAAAUAGAGGGUGCAUUUUAUAAAAAUGCAGUAUUUUGAAACUGCAAGUCAUCUCUGAUAUGACAUCUCUGACAUUGCAAAUUCUGGUCUGUUCCUGCGAUCCUCAGGUUUCCAUAAAUACAGUUAAAACAUCUGUGACAGUAAAACUGGAGUAUUCUUUUCACAUAGAACUAUCUAAUAUAUGGCUUCCAUUAACUUCCAUCCACCAAAAUUGUAGAGACAGAUUUAUCAUUAAAUAUUUGUAGUCAUGUCAAAGAUAGAGCUCAACCUAAAUCCCAAGGAAGGGGGGGGGGGAGUUCUACUCAUUUCAUUUGAAAACUUUUACUCCAUCCCUAAAAGACAAGAUGAAUACUCUUUCAGAUAUAACAUUUUUUUUCAUUUCCAACUGGGAAUAAUUUUUUUUAUAUCAUAAAUAAUGUAUUUUAGGUUUGAACAGAUUCCUUUUCUGCCAACGUGGAAAUAAAGGUGGAUAGCUGAGAUUUAGAAGACAGAGAAAAUGUGGUAUAGGUGGGAUCUGCAAUAAAAUAUUUUAGCAUUGGACUGGGUGUUUUUGAGGGGGUGGUCCCCGCCUAGGAUUUAAGGUUUUUGUACUUCCCCGCCUAGUAUUUAAGGUUUUUGUACUCUGCAAACUUCGAAGUUUUUUGAGCCUGCUGAUAAUCUCCUGCUUGUGUAUGUGAUACCGUUUUGGCUACAUAAAUACCAUCACUUGGAGAAUUGAGAUCUCUUUAAAUAUAUGUGAUAAUAGAUCGCAAACAAGUCCUUGCCCUCUUGGAGGUAAAGUUUCUUUAGUGGCACUUUUCAAGACAGAGACAGCUGUUUGGAUUAAAGAUACAUCAGUGUCUGCUAAGAUCCCAGCAAACCUUUUGUAAUAUCCUGAAAACAGUCUUGCUACUCAUAAAUUGACUAAUGGUCUCUCUUACUUUCUUUACUGCAACUAGUUGGUUCAACCUAUUCUUUUCCUCAUCUGAAAUUUUAGGAAUCUGGACGUUAGAAAGAAAGAACUCUUUUUCUUGGGGUGAGUCAGACCUGUGUAACUAUGAAUAGUAUUUAACCAGUUCUGCCAUAAUUAGAUUAAUUUCCAUUUCUACCCUGCCCCAGUACAACAAAAUAAAUUUGAAACUAAAAAUAAUAUAAAAGUGCCCUGCUCAUGCUUAUCCCUGGCAAUGAGAGCUCAUCUAAACAAAUUUACUGUGAAAUAUUUAACUCUACCAGGCAUUCAUUAAGGGCAGUCCCACAUAGAGCGCAUCACAGUAGUCUAGCCUCAAGCUUAUGAAUACGUGACAGUUGCUAGGUCUUGAUCUGAUAAAAACAGAAACACCUCAAAACUCAACCUACCUUUCCCAGUUUUCAGGUAAAAAUCUUCAGGCUCACAAGGCCAGCCUCAAACACUUGAUAUCCAGGUAUGCCUGGAGCUGUAGAGCAAAGACUAUCAGUAACCUUUCCAAAAGUGUAUCAAAGCUAUGUCCAACAUAUUCCCGCCCACUGUUUAAAUAGGAACGAAACAAUGGCAGACACUGCCCUAUCUAGAUGGGAGAAAAAUACUGCCCAGCAAGGAAACCCAGCUUCUCCCAGUUUUGUUGGAUUAGUCAUAAGGCCCUUACAUCCCUGAAGACUCUUAUGUUUGUGUAUUAGAUACUCAGUCUUCAAAACAGGCACUAGAUGUAUCUUUCUCGAAGUAGAGGCAGCCCAUGUUCCCUCAUCACCAGAAAUAGCUUUGGAUGAUAUUCUGUAGGUAUUAUGGCAAGCGGGGAGGAAUUACUUGCCACAGGCUUUAGCAGAUCUUCUGUACCAAGAUCUGUCAGCUUUGUUGCAAGUAAAAUACCAUCUAACACUCUUAAUCAUCUUGCACUUCACUUCAUCUCCUUUGAGCCCAAUGUAAAGUUGUGACUUGUGCCAACGAAGUAGUGAAGAUGACCCUUGGAAGCAACUGUUUUAGAGGUUGACAUCCACCUCCUGUUCCAUUAGUUAGCAAGGUCAUCAACAGAGCAGAGUAUUCUGAAAUCCAGUCAACUCUGAAACUACAGAGCCAGGCCAGACUGGCUCAUUGCUCCAUUAGCAAUUUUGCUUAGAGUUGUCUUGAGAAACAUACCCAUUCUAACUAAUUUUCACGUUAUUCAUUUCUUUAGAAAUGAAUAUUCAAAACCACAAUUUUCUGCUGAUGCCAGGCUGCAAAUUCCUGUCUAGCUUGGAUUGUUGCUGUGGAAGUAGUGCUUCCCUUAACCUCUAGGAUGCUGCUACACGAGGCCUUGAGUGUGAAGUUUACGUGCUUCAUUUACUUUCCUGUAGUGGGCAUUCACUCAGUCAUCCAAACCAGUUAUUUUCCCUGCGGUUUUUGCAUCUUUUCUCAGACCACAAAGACCAGAAGAGCAGCACAAUCUCUGCAAAGAGGUUUCCUUUCAUGCCAUUCUUCCAUCUUUUUAUUUAAAAGCUAGGGGUUUAUGUGGGCUGUGACUUACUGGGAAAGCGAACCAAUUGCAAUUCAGCACACAUCGGCUUUAAUGAUGGGUACCAUUUUAUGAUCUCAUUUGUUUUUCUUGAGCGGGUGGUAAUUUUAUCUUGUUAAUUAGUACAAAACUCCUUUCCAGCUAGUUCUUUUAAAUGAAAAAAGCAUGACACCAUAAUGGUAAGGUUUUUUUUAAUGAGGUUUUUUUAAUAAAAAAAAUGAAUGGACAAGUAGUAAUGGCUGAAUGCUGUGCCACCAUAGGUAUGUCAUGUCCACUUGUGUUGGCAGAACAUAGCAAGAUGUACAUGUAGAGAAAGUGCAGUACUUCUGAUAGUGUGGAAGUCUGUCGCAAUUCCGUAUGUAGCUUACAGCAGUGAUUGGAUAGUGCUGGGUUGCAACCUCUUUAUAAACAGUAGAAAACACAACAUGUUUGUAUUCACCUGAAAAUCUGUUUUUCUUACAUAAUGUUAAACUUUAAACGAUAAAAUAUUAUUGAAAUGCCUGAAGGCUUAAUUUAAAACAGGAGUAUGGAACCUCAGACUUGGGGGCUGAAUGUUGUCCUGGCUGCUCUAGGGGACUCUUCUUAGGCCAUAACCUUCAACUGCCCCCUUCUUGGCUUUUGUCUGACUGCAAAGAGUCUUUGAACUGUGAUAUUGCAUCUUCAUGGUCUGGACGGAGAGGUAGGGGUGGUGGGUGGGUGUGUAGAAACCUCUGACAGCUGUGUGUCUGGGAUAUAUUUUGCUAUACAAAGAUAAGUGUCACAUCCUUCAACCUGCCCACUUUUGCCUCUGGUUCCAUCUACCACUAACUUGUGGCUCCCAGCCUUUUGCCCUUAAGGGAAUGUCGUCCUUGAACUAUAAAAGGUUUCUAAUCGAAUCUAAUAACUUAAUCUGAAUUCCAGAAUAGUGUGAUAUAAAUGGUUCUCGGUUGGCAAGACUUGAGUUCAAAUUGCCAUUCAACAAUGAAGAUUUCUGAGAGAAUUGCUUUCUUAGUCUAACCCGCUUUGAAAAGUUGUAAAGAAAAAAGUGGAAUAUUCCUUAGAUGGGAUCCAGAGGGUAGUGGCCAACUAACUUGAACUCAAAACACACCCAGUGAAAUCAAUGGACUUGAGUAACUGAUGUCUGAAUAAUUUCAAUGUGUUUAUUUCAAGUCAUGCUUAAAGGUAGACCCAUUGAAAUUGGUGGACAUCAGGUAAUCGUGUCUAUUGAUUUCAUUGAAUCUGCCCUGAGGGUGACUUGAUUGGAUCCAACCCAGAUGUACAUUUACCUAGAGCAGGGAUUACCAAACUGUGGUACCUUUUUUCCUGCCCAAUUUUGAUGGUGACCAUUGUGAAAUGCAAUAAUCAUAGGAGGCAUAAGACACUCAAAUAUCAUCUACAUCAGGAGUGGCCAACUCUCAAGAGACUGCAAUCUACUUUCAUAAUUAAAAACUGGCAGUGAUCUACCUCUGUUUUUGUGGGGUUCAGUUCAAAGUUGUUGAGCUUUUCUGAGGAAGGGAACCCCGUUUGGGGGGGGGUUCAGCUCAAAGUUGUUGAACUUUUUUUAGGGAGAAGAAAAGAUUUGGGGGGAGUUCCAUUUGGGGGGUGUUGAAGGCAAGGGACAAAGGGGUAAAGUCACUCACAAAAAGAUUGCUGUGGAUCAAAACAGCAGCACAGAGAAAGCUUCGUCUUCCCUUCCAGAGAUCAUACAACAAUGGAGGGCGGGGCGUGGGGGCGUGGCAGGAGUCAGUUUUAGCAACGCUAAGGAAAGAGAGCCAGAGAUCGACCGCAAUCUACCAAAACCUCAUGGGGAUCUACCAGUAGAUUGCGAUCGACCUGUUGGACAUCCCUGAUCUACAUUAAUGCAAUUCUCUUAGAUGGAAAAGCCUUUGUAAAAACAAAAUAUUUUUAUUGUAAUUAAACUUCUCCUGUGCUUUGAACAUUCAAGCACCAUAUUUUCUUUUGCUAACAGAAUCUUUUGGCGCAUUUAACUAGCUAAGGGAUCAAUCUUUUGGCAUUUUUUUCUGUUCCCUGCUGAAAUCUCCUCCUUCUAACAUUUACUCUUACAAACCUGCACCUUGGUCUCUUCACUGUGGUUGGGCUGCUAUGAAAUGUCACUUUGCUCAUUUUGGUCAGGUAUACAAUCUUUCCAGUAUUGAGUUCAGGGAAAUCCAGGUCUGUCAAUUUGUAGGGAAAGGUGGUUUAUACAGUGCUGAUUGGCUAGAACCUGUGACUUUGCAAAUCCACCUCUUCUCUCAAGAGCAGUUUUUCAACUGGGGGGGGGGAGGUUUGAUAAGAUGCCAAAGUAGCUUAUGUAUGUAUAAACCUUCAAGCGGUAUUUUCAAUAGUCAAAAAAAACCCAAAUUUAUCUGAAAAUGCAGGAUGAGGACCAAAAGUGAAGCUUAAUUAGCAAUCAGCUUGAAAGCAAAGUAUAUCUUUGUUUGUAGUGGAAAGAUGGGGGUGAGAGAAGCUGGACUCAGCCUGAACCCCCGAAAGUAAAAUAUAUAUUUUCUUUAGAUGUGUCUGUAUAUGCCGUUAGUGUUGGUUUUAGCUUUCUUUCCAAGUGUGUAACAAUUAUCUUCUAGCUUCCUUUUAGUUUUUCAGUUUCACAUUGAAUUUUGAGAAUUACAAGUGUAAUCUUGUUCUCCUUGCCCUACAUUCUAUAGCUGAGAUUUGACUAACAAAGUUCUUUACUUCGGCCAUUGUGGGGGGGGGGGGUUAGAUGGGGGGACUGGUAUACUAUUAUUAUUUUUUAAAGAAAGUUAUAUAUAAUGUGUCAUUAUACUAACAGAAAUUUUACUAGAAAAGGUGAAGGAGAAAUCUGCACCAUACUUGUGACUGUUCUUGAAAUCUGCACCAUACUUGAUGCAAUUUCCAAGCUGUGACUGCUUGCAGUGGGAGGAAAUUGUGACUGUUCUUGAUUCCCUUCCAUUUCCUCCAAAGGGAAGAAGCUAUGCAAGGUCCCAGGCUGGUGUAGUUUCUGGCUCCUUUUUGAGAUAUUUUGGGGAAAUGAGGGAAGCUUGGGAUCCUGUGUGCCCUCAACUGCCCCAGCAUGCUCCUAGUCAGCCAGUGGAGCAGCCAUGAUGCUUGGAAACUCCAACUCUGUCCAGAGAUCACCUCUAGCCACAUGACGAGAGAGGUCGGUAUUACAGGGGCCAUAGGAUUACACCAUGAAAGUAUUGUUUAAUGUAAACUAUUCAGAUGUUUAAUUAGGCAAGAAUUGGUUCCUUAUAAAGUAAUAUCGAAGGCUAAAACUUCCUUAUAAUGUAAUUUAAUCUAACCAGUAAUUUAGCCCUAAUUUCGCCUCAUAUCCUUUCAGUGAUCAUAGUGAAGUCAAUGCAGUAGCUGCUGUUCUAGUCUAAACUUCUCAGAUUUAUUGGGUUUGGUUAUGGAUAAAUCAUUACCUAGUAAUGACACAGGUGAAAAACCAUUAAGAUGUGCCUAUCAGAUACUGAUGCAUCUUGUUGGUUUUUAGAAUUCUUUCUAGGAGGAUUUAUUGGUGGUCAUCUAUAGCUGCAGUUAGUUACCUUAUUCCUUUCUGGAAUGACAGGUUGACCUAUUGCUCUCUCUAGUAUAAGGCACUGAGAAGCACAGUUGGCAAAAGAUGUGCAGCCAUAAUCAGAGUGAAGUUUUAUGCAGUAGUGGUGCCAAAGAAUACUUUCCUCGGCUAUUGCUGUACGGCAACUUGUCAUAGAGCUGUUCAAGUUGGUGUAAGAGGUCCUGACAUGGAUUAUCCUGCCCAGAGAAGGAAACAUGCACAGACUGCUGUGGCAUGCUAAAUAUAAAAUUGAACCUGUAAUGGUGCCACAGAGUAGAAGCUCAACUGGAAUCAUCGUUGGCAACCUCUUGCCGCAAAUGCUCAGAUUACUUCCGGCCAGUUUAUUCCUCUUCCAUGAUAUUCUGUGAACUUCAUAUACCAUAUUUUUCGCUCCAUUGGACGCAGUUUUUCCCCUCCAAAAAUUGAGGGGAAAUGUGUGUGUGUCCUAUGGAGCGAAUGCAGGCUUGUGCUUCUUUAGCUCCACGCAGCCUCUCCCGGCUGGGAGAGGUUGUGCGCAGCCUGUACGCUGCUGUUUGGGGCGGGGGGGGGGGGAGAUUUUUUUUAUUGAUUUCCCCGUCUAAAAACUAGGUGCGCCCUAUGGUCCGGUGCGCCCUAUGGUGCGAAAAAUACGGUAAUCUAAGCCCUUGCUCAGCAUACUUGCUGAAAACCGCAUGGAAAAGGCUGAUGUGAUUCUUCUGUUAAAGGUGGAUGAGCUGGAUCAGUUUUUAAAAAAAUGUUAUUUUUAAAGCUCAUUGCACUUGAGGAAAAUUACAACCUCUUUCAACGAGAUGACCAUAGGUUCUCUUAAAAAAUCUUUCUUGAUGUGCGAAUCCUAACAGGAACUGGUUAUUCCUACAUUUUUGCCUUUAAACUGGGAAGGUGAUUGAAUUGAUACUUGCACCAUUACUGUCUGCUUUCUGGGAUGAAUAAGAAACAGUUUUCUUAAACUCUGUUCUGUCUGGCUUUCAGCAUGGGCUCAGGACAAAGACUCACAUAAUAGCCCUGGUAGCCAAUCAUUUCUUAACAUGGGCAAGGAAGUAACACUAGAGUUGUUCCUAUUAGAUAUCUCAUUUACCUUUGAGAUUACAGAUAAUAAAAUUUUGUUCCCUUUGGGGCUUUGUAAAUGUAGUGGUCCGGCCUGGUUCGAUUUGUUUGUGGAUGUAAAUUUUGAGAUUGCAGAUAGGGAAGUUUGUGUUAACACUGUAGAAGCUGGCUUGUAGAGUGCCACAAUUCCAUUCUAUCUCUGCAAUUGUUUAAUACUGUACUUGUAAGAGGCUGUUGGGACACAUCAACAUAGGAAGAUAGCUCCUAUAGGAGAAAGAAAACUGUGAUCCUGACCCUCUUCACCCUUGUGGAAUAUCAUUGGGAUAAAAUAAGUCUAAUGUGUAAGCCCUACACAAAUCAGAGUGGAGUCUCUAAGACGGUUGGAUGGUGCCUCCCGGCAGCUCCUGCAGCCAAGCUGGUGCUGCUAAUACAGCGGUUUGACUUCAUCCCCAGAUGUGUACUCCAUUGUCUUCCAAGAAGGACAAAUGCCAACAAAAGAGUCCAUUAACAAGAUCAUACAUAACUCUUUGAAUGAGGCGUGAUCAGGAUGGUGGUACCCUUCUAUUUUUUCUUACUCAUUUAAUUGAGUGGCCUCAGUAAUGGUUAUUGUGCCUUUGGUUAAUUGGAAGAGAACACAUAGUCUGAAAACUGAAUCCAGACAAGCUUGAGGGGUAGUGGCUAAUAUUCCCUGAGUUUUGGGAAGGAGGGAAGUGUCUAUUGAUGGAUGUGAUCUAUCCCUCUUUAAUAAUCAAUGGAAAGUCUGAGAAGAGUUAUGCAUAAAACAAACGAAUCUUGUGGCAUAAGCUUUCGUAGGCAAAAUAAUAAGAAUAUGCCAUAUUGAUUUGUUAGUCUUUAAUAUGCCACAAGACUUCACUUCUGCUGCAACAGAUUAACUCAGUAACCCUUCUGGAAAAAGAUAAUCAGGUAUCAGUUGAGGCCCAGAGAGUAUGCUGCCACUUGGCAUCAUCUGCUCUGUCAACUGUUUCCUUAGCAACCAUCAAUCUUUUUUCUGCAGCCUCCAUGUUUGAUUACUGCAAUGCGCUCUACAUGGGUAGCUCUUUUAAGAGCAUUCAGAAGCUUCAGUUGUGCAAAAUGUUGCAAAUUGUUUUCUGUUACAAAUAGAAUAGGGGAAACAUGGGCACUAAUCAACUGUGCUGCCUUAUAGCUUCCAGCUACAAUUCAAAGUUUUGAACUCCUAAAUGGCCUAAUCCUUUUAGGUGUAUUCCCCUACUUUUGAGUCAGCCCUGAUUAUCCUGCUCCCAUUAAUUGGGAAUAGAGUACUUUUCUAUGUAGAACUAGAGCUGUGGAAGACUCAAAAGAUCUGUGUCACUUUGUGCAGGCUUUUCUAAAGGCAAACAAAGAAUGUUUAUUUUAUGAAGCCUCUUGCUGAAUUUACUAAUAAAUAUUCUGUUGAUUCUUAGAGGAAUAUUUGAUUAUUUUAUUGUCUUUUUUCUGAUAUUUGCUGAUGUUCAUUUCACCCAUUGCCAGUCAAAUAUGCAUUAUAUACAGGUCCUGCUAUCCGAACACAAUGCAUUCUCAGGAAAUCAUUUGUUAGGCAAGUGUUUGCAUAUAAAGUCAACACUUUCCAUUGAUUUCCUAUGGGAAAGUUUCUAAUGCAUGCCUAAUCAAGGAAUUUAAACCUCAAAAUUAUGGGGGGGGGGAAACAGGAAAACCCUCUGAAACCUUGCAAAAGGCAAACAAGGAAGGAUAAAAUGCUCCAUUACAGUGGUGCCUCGCAAGACGAAAUUAAUCCGUUCCGCGAGAGUCUUCGUCUAGCGGUUUUUUCGUCUUGCGAAGCAACCCUAUUAGCGGCUUAACGGAUUAGCACUAUUAGCGGUUUAGCGGCUAUUAAAGGCUUAAAGGCUUAGCGGAUUAGCUGCUAAAAGGCUAUUAAAGGCUAUUAAAGGCUUAGCAGAUUAGAUAAAGGGGGGGGAAAGCGAAAAAAAAAUCUCUAGACUCGCAAGACAUUUUCGUCUUGCGAAGCAAGCCCAUAGGGAAAUUCGUCCUGCGAAGCAACUCAAAAACGGAAAACCCUUUCGUCUAGCGGGUUUUCCGUCUUGCGAGGCAUUCGUCUUGCGGGGCACCACUGUAUUUGUCCGAUAUGGCCUCCUUUCGCCUCUCCCUCCCAUGGUUUCUAGCAAAAUGGCUGCCACAGACCAGCAAAACACAGAAGAGUAAGGCUUGUUUAAGGCUGCUAUAUGUUUACAGUAUUACACAAACAUCUGAAUCUGUGGUGUACAUAGCGAGGUUUGGAUGCUAGUUUCUCGUGUUUGAAUAAGUGAAUUUUGGUAUGAUGAGCAUUUGGAUAGCAGGAUCUGCCGGUUUCCUUUAAUAUGCAUUUUGAUACUGAAUAUUUAUGUUGCAAUACCUGCAGGAGCUGGUUUGAGUGGACGCCAAGUUCAUAGGACACAAGCUGUCUUCAACCACACAGAAGACUAUGUGCUGCUUCCUGAUGAAAGGACCAUUAGCCUCUGCUGCUGGGAUUCACGAACAGCUGAACGAAGGAAUCUUCUUUCCUUGGGGCAUAACAGUAUAGUUCGUUGCAUUGUCCACUCUCCUACCAACCCUGGCUUCAUGACUUGCAGUGACGACUAUAGAGCUCGAUUUUGGUACCGAAGGUCAACCACGGACUGAAGCUGCAACUGCGAAAAAGUUGACUGAAUUUUAUGCCUUUUUUCUUUUUAAAAAUUUUGCUUUUACCAUUUCUGAAUUUAUGUAUUUGGAUUGAAUUCUCUGCUCUAGAAAUAACAUCACUCCCUACUUGAAAGGACAGUUUUUAAAGUUGGGUCCAUAGUUGAAAACAGCCAAGAUAGCUGAAAAUAUUUUUCUUCACUUAAUUGUACAUGUUUGGCAGGACAGGUUGCCCAUGUUCGGUAGCAAAACUUGGCCUCCUGUUUUUUUAAACCCCUUAACACUCUUUGCUCUAUUUCAUUUGAUGUACAUGUAUUGCUGUAUGUUGUGUGUGCUUUUUCCAGUUCUCUGGUGGCCUUUUUUUCUUAUUUGUAGAUGAUGUAGAUACUUAAAAGUUCUCUUAUUAAACUCAUUCUUAGAAAGGUGUAUCUAAUUUUUCUCAUAAUUGGCUAUUACCCUACUUUUGAAGCCGCCUAGUUUGGUGGAAAUCACUGAAUCUUGUAAUGAAUUCUGUGUUUUAACUAUGUACUGUGAAAACAAGUAUUUAAUUUUGUUCUCAAUCUCUCACCAUUAAGCUUAAUUAGAUAGCCUUAGCUUCAAAUAAGAGGGAGGAAACCUCUAUAUUAACUUUGUCCACACCAUGCAUAAUUUGAACAGACCUCUAUUAUGUGGUGUCCCACCUUUACCAUUUUUCUAACUGAAAAGCUUCAAACUAACAUUUCCUCAUAGAUAUGAUGCUCCAGCCCCUUGAAAGGGUCAUUUUUGAGGUGCGACACCCAGAACUAGACACUUGUCUUCCAAGUGUGGUCACACCAUAUAUUAGUAUAAAGCCACUAUGUCCUGAGAGCUAUUUACUGUAGAAUUGUAAUCCCUCUUUCGGUCACCUCCGUGAUCGGUUCUUCUAAAGCAUAGAGCUCUAUGGUACCUAGAAAUCACUGGAACAUUCAUUUAGCCAAUCUGUUUAAAGUUACAUCAAAACUUUCACACAGUGCAUAGUCAGAAUAUGGAAUUCGUGUGUACCGGAAGCAGUGAUGGACACCAACUAGGAUGGCUUUAAAAGAGGAUUACACAAACUCAUGAAGGUAAAGGCUAUCAGUGGCAAUGAUGACUGUGUUUUGCCUCCAUGAUUUUGGGCGCAAUAUUCAUCUGAAUACCAGUUGUGGAACACUUCAGGAGGGGGAAGUGUGGCAUCUGGUUGGCCACUGUGAGAAAAGGAUCUGGGUUACCUGGGGCCAUUGACCUGUCUAGCAGGUUCUUAUGAGGUUCUUUGAUCCAGAUACAUUUGUUAGGUAAAGUUUUGUAGUGUCAUAGUCCAGUUUUUGUUGGGUCUCUAAAGGACAUAUCAAACAGUCUGGGAGUGACCCCUAAGAAGUCCCUGAUGGUAAUGUUUUCCCAAUUACUAGUUCCUUCGUUAUGACAAUCUCUUCUCCGUACACACGUGUGAAGUUUAGAGCUAAUUUCCACAUGAAAGCUUUAUGAGAAUAGCAUGGGAGAUGAGAUGUUACUUAGUUGUUAUUAAUGCCUAUCAGAUUGGCCAGAGACAUUCCUGCUUAACCACAGAUUGAAUUAAAUAUAACUUUUUUGUAAUACAUGUCUAAGGAACACAUGAUAAGUGACAAGUCAUUGGUUCAUUUUUUUCAUUUAUAAUGCAUAUGCUGUUCUAGCGUUCAGUUUCUUAGCCUUCUCAAGUUUUCCUUUUUAGGCUCUUUUGGCUAACUACUUUAAAGCACCAAAAUAGUCUUACUCCUAAGAAGAAGUGAAACCUUUGUUGCACUACAUAAACAAUACAAAAAACCAAAACCCAUGUUGCUUUUUACACAUCUCAUUUAGCUUGUGCUCUGUUUUAGAUGUCUUCCUUGAUAGUUCUCAAUUUCAAAACAGUCUUGGAUCCCAACUUUUAGAUUACUGAGAUUCAUUUUCUCUAGGAAAAUGUCAGCCAGCAUGUCCAGUUUAAAAGGAGAGCAGUAUUUUCAUUGAGUGACUGAUUAUAUGCCUAGCAAUGUAUAAAAGGGUUUUUUAUUGU